CCCAACAUUACCAAUUUAAGUAUUCUUCCCACCAUCAUACUCUGUCUCUGUUCUCAGCACGUGCCCUUCUUCCUCCAUCACAUACCCCACCUUUUCAGGUCACGUGCGCCCUCCUGUCUCCUCUGCUCUUCUCCUCUUUCCCUCUUCCACUCCAUGAAACACGCACCAAAAGCACACACAAUCUCCUUCUCUUCACUCUUUCUUCUACCUGUCCCAAAAUAAGGAAAAAAAGAAAAAGAAAAAAGCAACCCCCAAAAAAUUGGAACGAAGAAGACAGCAAUAAGAGAAGUUUGAAAAUUUUUGGGGGAAAAAUUCUGUAUAAUGUGAAGAAAUCAAGAGAUGCACGCAAAAGUUAGGAUCCCAAGUAGCGGACACAGCAGCCCAUCACCUCCACAAUCCCCACUUUCCCGUUCGCCCCGGCUCCGACGCAAGCAGGGGCGUUUUACUCCGGGUCAACCCGGCCCGAAAACCGCCGCUCAGCGGAUUGCCUGGCUCAUUCUCUCGCUUCUUCUACGUCGACAAGGGAUUUUCCUCUUUGCCCCGUUGCUGUACAUCUCCGGAAUGCUGUUUUACAUGGGUACGGUGUCGUUUGAUGUAGUUCCGAUUAUUAAUCACCGGCGCGCACCCGGGUCGGUUUAUAGAAGCCCGCAGCUCUAUGCUAAGCUCAAACCCGAGAUGGAUUCCGAUAACUCUUCAGCUGAUGCGAUAUCAUCCAUAUGGAAGCACUCCUAUAAAGUCGGUGAGUGGAGACCAUGCAUAAACAUGUCUUCAGGAGGCUUACCUGAGUCCAAUGGAUACAUUUAUAUUGAGGCAAAUGGUGGCUUGAAUCAACAGAGGGGAUCGAUAUGCAAUGCUGUUGCUGUAGCCGGUUAUCUUAAUGCAACCCUUGUAAUUCCCCACUUCCAUUUUCACAGUAUUUGGAGAGAUGCUAGCAAAUUCGGAGAGAUUUUUGAUGAAGACUAUUUUAUUAAAACCCUGGAAAAUGAUGUAAGAGUGGUGGAUAAGGUUCCUGGGUAUAUAAUGGAAAGGUUUGACUACAAUAUGACCAAUGUUUACAACUUUAGGAUAAAAGCAUGGUCAUCCAUCCAGUUCUACAGAGAUACUGUUCUGCCAAAGCUACUUGAAGAAAAGAUCAUAAGGAUCUCUCCUUUUGCAAAUCGAUUGUCCUUUGAUGCUCCUCCAGCAGUUCAACGGCUUAGGUGUUUGGCAAAUUAUCAAGCUUUAAGAUUUUCUAAUCCUAUUUUGACUAUGGGUGAAACUUUGGUUGCAAGAAUGAAAGAACACAGUGUAAACAAUGGUGGCAAGUACAUUUCUGUGCAUCUUCGGUUUGAGGAGGACAUGGUUGCUUUCUCUUGUUGUGUAUAUGAUGGUGGAGAAAGUGAAAAAAGAGAUAUGGAUGCUGCUAGGGAAAGAGGCUGGAAGGGCAAAUUUACCAAACCUGGUCGAGUAAUUAGUCCUGGAGCAAUCAGAGUCAAUGGAAAAUGUCCUUUAACUCCUUUAGAGGUUGGUUUGAUGCUACGGGGGAUGGGUUUUGAUAAAAAUACAGCUAUAUUUUUAGCGUCUGGAAAGAUAUAUGAUUCUGAGAGGUAUAUGGCUCCUCUGCUCGAAAUGUUUCCGCUUUUACAAACAAAAGAAAUGCUCGCAUCUGAAGAAGAGCUAGCACCAUUUCAGAAUUACUCUUCCAGGAUGGCUGCUAUAGACUACACCGUUUGUCUUCACAGCGAAGUAUUUGUGACAACUCAAGGUGGAAACUUUCCCCAUUUUCUUUUGGGCCAUAGAAGAUUUUUGUAUGGCGGACAUUCCCGGACGGUUAAGCCUGAUAAGCGAAAGUUGGCAGUAAUCUUUGAUAAUCCAAAUAUUGGGUGGAGGAGCUUCAAGAGGCAAAUGCUAAGCAUGCGAGCUCAUAGUGAUUCCAAAGGGAUUGAGCUCAAAAGGCCAAAUGACUCUCCAUAUUCGUUCCCAUGCCCAGAUUGCAUGUGCCGACAGAAUAGAACAGAAGAUUCAAAAUUGUCAUCAGUAACGUGAUCUCUCCCAGUAAAUAGUUCAAGGUGUAUGCCCGCUGUAAUUUUGUGUGUGCCUCUUGCUGCUAACGUCUUGAUUGUGAUUCUUUCAUUUUUUCCCCUCUCAAAUUGGGAGAGGGCCGAAGUUUGAUUCUUGGAAUUGUUGGAUGACUGAUCGAUUAGUAUCUCCUGGGGACGUGUUGAGCGGUAAGUGCAUCAAUCUGCAAAAUGAUGCCAGAAGAUCUUUCAACCGCACCAGUUUCUCAGGCAUUGACUUAACAUCAAUUCGUCUUGCAGCUGUUGUAUCUAACACGAUGUAAAUCGACACACGAUAUAGUGUCCCAGUCCUUUUGCGCCCUUUUUGUAUCUUGUACAUCAGUUAGAUGUAUUAGCAUUGUAAGACUUUAGAAUCAGAAUGAAAAGUCCAUAUCUAUAAAACUGGGGUUCCAAAUUUUUCACUUCGGAUGCCCCUUUUACCAAUGGCACUGCUUUGGUUUCUGGUUUGAUA